AUGGACAUCAAUAACCCUUCAAAAUUUUCCGACAAAUUGAAUCCUGAAAAUUCUUUUUCGGUCAUUACUUCCGAGAUUCCUGUCAUUUCCGUAGGCCCCUAUGGAACUUUUCAUGACUACGGUUCCUUUGCAAAAUGUUUUUGUAAUCAAUGUAACGAGUGUCGUGUUCCGCUUUACACUUCUAGACGUAUAAUUAAUCGAAAGUAUUAUACUAGUCGGAAAUCCCGUUUAAAUUCUGAGAAUUCUAUUUCUUCAAUAAAUAAAUCAUCUGAUUCCAUCAAUGACAUGGGUUUGUUAGAAAUGUGGAACAAUGCUUGUUCGGAAGCUCUUAAACAUCAGUAA